AUGCACAAUGCUGCGGCACGGGAGCGGAGGGGCCUCCUCCCCUGCGGCCCAUCACCAGCUGCCCCAGCCCAGGAGCUGGGAUCCCGGGAUCGGACUGGUGGUCCCAGCAUUGGACCAGGGCCCCAAAGCCAGGCCACGGCUUGAGGGUCUCGGCUCCAGCUCGGCAGCUGCCCCAUCUCCGGCCUUCACUCCUCCCCAGGGUCCCGUCCCCUCCUUGCUCCCAGGGCGGGGCAUGCGAGUCCCCACGCUCUUCUCCCGCCGGCCCCGCCCCGCCCCGCCCCGCCCCGCCCGCGCGGCUCCCGUGCUCUCCCGGGGCAGGCCCCGGCGCCUGCGCGCCGCUCCGCCCGCCCCUUUGCCCGCUGUCAGGAUGAGGCGGCGGAGGCGGAGGCCCGGCCCGGCAGCUCCCGUCUUUCGCAGCGGCUCCUGGCGUAGCGGUUUCAGCCGCCGAGCCGCUGCCUGAGGGGAGCGGGGGACGCCGGUGGAGCCAUGGCCCAGCCCGGGGCUGCGCCGCACGCAGACGCUGCUCUUAUGCAACGGCUAGCAGAAUUGGAAAAAGUCAAUGCAGAAUUUCUGCGUACAAAGCAGCAGCUUGAGCAAGAAUUUAAUCAAAAGAGGGCAAAAUUUAAAGAGUUAUACUUGGCUAAGGAAGAGGACCUGAAAAGGCAAAAUGCAGUACUGCAAGCAGCACAAGAUGAUCUAGGACAUCUGCGGACACAACUAUUGGAAGCCCAGGCUGAAAUGGAGAACAUCAAAGCCAUAGCUACAGUAUCUGAGAAUACGAAGCAGGAAGCUAUUGAUGAGGUGAAGAGACAGUGGCAAGAAGAAGUCGCUUCACUCCAAGCAAUUAUGAAAGAAACUGUUCAUGACUAUGAGCUCCAGUUUCAUCACAGGCUGGAGCAAGAGCGAGCUCAGUGGGGCCAAUACCGGGAAAACGUUGAAAGGGAAAUAGCAGAGUUGAGAAGGCGGCUAUCUGAAGGUCAAGAAGAGGAAAAUCUAGAAAAUGAAAUGAAAAAGGCCCAAGAGGAUGCUGAGAAGCUUCGUUCAGUCGUGAUGCCUAUGGAGAAAGAGAUUGCAGUUUUAAAGGAAAAACUAACAGAAGCUGAAGAAAAGAUAAAAGAACUGGAGGCUUCAAAGAACUCAAAUAUACUGAAAUUCCCAAAAGAUCCAGAGUAUUCAGGAGCUACAAGAAAGGUUAAAGAACUGAACCAUUACCUGGAAGCUGAGAAGUCAUGUAGGACAGAUUUGGAGAUGUAUGUGGCUGUUCUGAAUACUCAGAAAUCAGUCUUGCAGGAAGAUGCUGAGAAAUUACGGAAAGAACUUCAUGAAGUCUGCCAUCUGUUAGACCAAGAGCGACAACAGCAUAACCAGUUGAAACAUACCUGGCAGAAGGCCAAUGACCAGUUCUUGGAGUCUCAGCGUUUGUUGAUGAGGGACAUGCAACGGAUGGAAAUCGUUCUGACCUCUGAACAGCUCCGACAAGUUGAAGAACUGAAAAAGAAGGAUCAGGAAGAUGAUGAACAGCAGCGACUUGGCAAAGGGAAGAAACAGAAACUACAAGAUCCAGAUGAUGAAAUAAAAGUAGUAUGCUCUCUAACCCAUGAAGAAUCCCUUACACAGUUUCUUAAUGAAGAGGUACAUUUAAAUAGCACCCAUGGAUCAGUCCAUUCAUUAGACACAGACUUGCUAUUAUCUUCUGGUGAAUCUUUCAAUAAAUCAGACAAUGAUCUUUUUAAAGAUGGACUUCGGAGAGCACAGUCUACAGACAGCCUGGGGACGUCGGGAUCUUUACAGUCCAAAACUUUAGGAUACAACCACAAAGCAAAAUCUGCUGGGAAUCUGGAUGAAUCUGAUUUUGGACCACUAGUUGGAGCAGAUUCAGUGUCUGAGAACUUUGAUACUGCCUCUCUUGGGUCUCUGCAAAUGCCAAGUGGAUUCAUAUUAACCAAAGAUCAGGAAAAAGCAAUCAAAGCAAUGACACCAGAGCAAGAAGAGACUGCUUCUCUUCUCUCCAGCGUUACACAGGUUGUAGAAAGUGCUUAUGUGUCUCCUAGUGGUUACCGCUUAGUUAGUGAGACAGAAUGGAAUCUACUUCAGAAGGAGGUGCAGAAUGCAGGAAACAAGCUGGGUAGACGAUGUGAUAUGUGUUCGAAUUAUGAGAAGCAAUUACAGGGAAUCCAGAUUCAGGAGGCUGAGACAAGAGAUCAGGUGAAAAAGCUGCAGGUGAUGCUGAGGCAGGCUAAUGACCAGUUGGAAAAAACAAUGAAAGAUAAACAGGAGCUGGAAGAUUACAUGAAGCAAAGCACUGAAGACUCUGCCACUCAGAUAUCUUCACUUAUUAUUAGAUCUCAGGAGUCUGAGACCUUACUCAGUGAAUUACAACAGGCGUUUUCCCAAGCAAAGAGAAGUGUUCAGGAGCAAAUGGCUGUUCUGAUGCAGUCAAGGGAGCAGGUCUCAGAAGAGUUGGUGAGACUGCAAAAAGAUAAUGAAAGCCUUCAGGGAAAGCAUAGCUUGCAUGUGUCUUUACAGCAAGCUGAAGAUUUCAGUCUGCCAGAAUCCAUGGAGGAACUCGGUGAGCUGGUAUUAAAAUAUCGUGAGGACAUUAUUAGUGUACGGACUGCGGCAGAUCACCUUGAAGAAAAACUGAAGGCAGAAAUUUUAUUCUUAAAAGAACAGAUUCAGGCUGAACAGUGUCUAAAGGAAAAUUUAGAAGAAACUCUACAGCUGGAAAUAGAAAAUUGCAAAGAAGAAAUAGCUUCCAUUUCUAGCCUAAAAGCUGAAUUGGAAAGAAUAAAAGUGGAAAAGGAACAGUUGGAGUGCACCUUGCAGGAAAAACAGCAGCAGCUGGAGAGUCUUCAGGAAAUGAAAAACACUCUUGAAGAACAGCUAAAGAAGGAGACCACUGCAAAGACUAAUCUUGAACAGUUGAUGUUUGAAGAAAAGAACAAAGCUCAGCGACUGCAGACUGAAUUAGAUGUCAGUGAGCAAGUACAGAGAGACUUUGUAAAGCUUUCUCAGACCCUUCAGGUGCAGUUGGAACGGAUCCGGCAGGCAGAUUCCUUGGAGAGAAUCCGUGCAAUCCUGAAUGACACAAAACUGACAGACAUUAAUCAGCUUCCUGAAACAUGACACCCUGAUGGGCAGGGCUCCAAGGCUGCCUUUGGGGUUUUUAACUCAUCUUUAUAGCCACAUUAAUUAUUAUUUAACUCUAACUGAAAGAGCAGACAAUGACAGAGGGGAGCAAUGACUGAGUUUGUUUCUAGAGGGGAGAAGGUUUUGCACAGGGCAGGAAGAGAGCACCAGGGAGCCUUGCAGUGUAGAAGAGCAUUUUCUAAUGGGAACACUAAUGGGUGCAGUGGUGUUUUCCACAGUAAGUGGAAACAGUCCUUUACAUUCUGAAAAAUAUUUUUUUUUUUCCUUUUGGCCAACUUAACCUAAUAUAGAGAUCUUGAAUAUUCCCCCCCAAAUACUGUGAUCAAAGUAGCUGCUGGAAAUCCUAUCGUCCCUCAAAAGACAUUGAAGAGCAAAGUGAUUGAAGUUUUUCUGUUUUGAAUAGUCAGUAACAGUAUUCAGCUAGCAGACAGCCUGAGGUGUAGUGUGCUGUAUGAAUAUUUUAUAUUAAAAUAUGAAUUUAUUAGCAGGA